AACUUUUCGAACAAAUCAUGCUACCAAAGAAAAAAAAGAACAGCAUUGUUAGAGUUUUAGAAAACAAGGGCAAGUGGACAGAAAGCGAACACAAGGAAUUUCUGAAGGGACUAUCUCUCUAUGGAAAAAACUGGAAGCGAAUACACCAACUUGUACCAUCUCGAACCCUCCUACAGAUCCGUACCCAUGCACAGAAAUAUCUUUCCAAAAAGGAGAGACUAAGUAAAGAGCAGGGUGUCAAGCAGGAAGAAGCUCCGAAACAAGAACCUUCCUCGCCAUCUCCCAAAUCUGAAGAAAACAAGGAUAAAUCAGAGGAUGCACUGUCUGUUUGCAAUGACAGUGACGAUCUACUGAUCCCCCAACCGAUUUUACUUGAUUAGAGACUGCAUGAACAGCACUCUCGUUUUAGCUAGCUACUUUGCAUCCUUCUAUGAAGUGUACUUGCAUG